UAUGACACUAUUUGAGUAACAAUCCCAAGGAGAUUGUGUGAUUCUGGACUAAACUAAAGUACGCCGCAAUUCCACCAGUCAGUCUGUUGCCUGCCUGUCAUCCCCUGGGUCAGAGAUGACUACCUCCAUGCCCCUGUUUCUCUCAGGCAUUAUGCUCCUCAGCAUCUCCUCCUAUGUGGUCCACCAGAGACUCCUGGCUCAGAUAGGGAUCGCUCAUCAACACGAACCCAGGAACCUCACCAUCCUGCUGUGGCACUGGCCUUUCGGCCGUCCCUACAGCCUGGAGGGAGAUGUGUGCAGCGACGAGUACGGUAUCCCAGGCUGCCUCCUCAGUGACAACACCUCCCUGUUCCCCCAGGCAGACGUGGUGGUCUUUCACCACCAUGAGCUGAGGACCGGCCGCUCCUCCCUGCCUCUCCACCUCCCCCGGCCAGUCUCCCAGCGCUGGCUCUGGCUGUCCCUUGAGCCGCCGAUGCACAACGGCAACCUGACCCAGUACAAUGGACUGUUCAACUGGACCAUGAGCUACCGAGGCGACGCUGACAUAUCCAUGCCCUAUGGGAAGACAGUUCCGGUUCCACAUAACAGUAACAGUAACAGUAACAGCUAUGUGAUCCCCAAGAAGGGGGCUUGUCUGGCCAGCUGGGUGGUCAGCAACUACAGGCCUGACCAUGCCAGGAGUCAAGUCUACCAGAGCCUGAGGAAGUACAUUCCCAUAGAGGUGUAUGGACGCUGGUCAAAGAGGCCACUGACAGACCAAAGUCUGAUACCCAUCAUUGGCCACUGUAACUUCUACCUGGCUUUUGAAAACUCAGUGGCUUUGGACUACAUAACUGAGAAGUUGUGGAGGAAUGCCUACCAAGCAGGGGCAGUACCUGUGGUUCUGGGGCCCUCUCGGGCUAACUAUGAGGCCCUGGUGCCCCCAGGCUCGUUCAUCCAUGUCAGUGACUUCAACAGCUCAGAGGGGCUGGCUGUCUUCCUACAGCAGCUGGCCACAGACAGAGGGCGCUAUGAGGCUUACUUCAAGUGGCGUCAGACACAUGGAAUCAAGAUGUACACAGACUGGAGAGAGAGGCUCUGUAAUAUCUGUAUUAACUAUCAAAGACUGCCAGCUAACAAGGUGUACUACAAUCUGGAGGCAUGGGCCAGUAGAUAACAUCAUAGAUGCUUUUGCUACUGUAGGUUAUUUUGUACUAUAACUUUUUAUUUUAAACAUGCAAAACGAAAGUCAGCAGUGAACUUGAAAGACAUUCAGUUCUGCAUUGUUUUGGUGGUGUGCCACUUUCACAUCAGCCUGAUGACAUAACAACAUUGGCUUUUGGUCCCUAAUGCAGAAACACCACAGACAAAUCACAACAUCUGUUACAAAAGGGAAGUAAUUCCUCUAACACCCAGCUUGCUGUCACAAUUAAUUUUUAGUUCAUAUAUUAGAUGCUUUGAUUUAUUAUUACUAGUAGUAUGUAUUUUUUUCCAGUAUCUAAUCAGGUUGACAAAAUGUGUGUGGGCAAGUGGGAGGGAUUGGGAAGGCUCAGGGGAAAGACAAGGCUUUUGGGGAUUCGGAGCAGCUUGAAUGCUUAAAUCUUCAAUAAAAAAGGGGGAAAUUGAAAUAAGGAAAUGACGCAACCUUGUAGGCUAGCUAGCUCAUGAUGCAAUUGUAAUGGCACAAGACAAUGUCUUUCCCAGCAGUAAUAUUGAGGGCAAGCUUUCAAUGAUUUUUCCCUCUCUCAGUAUUUGGCUGCUUAUAAUACGCUACAGUAUAGUUCAUACCCUUUAUUUAGGCAUAAUGACUAAUGCAAGUAAGUUGCCAACCUUAGAAUGACUUACUCGAUGUAAACCCUUGGCAUAGGCAGUUGAUGAAUGUCCUCCAUCACACUCGGUUCAGGGGUUUUCCAGAUCACACCAAUUGAGGCCAUUCUCCGUCAUUUCUGCCUGGAUGUCUCUCCUCCAAGUGCUUCUGGGUCAACCCCUGUUUCUUUUCCCCUGGAAAAGCAUAGUAAACCAUAAACCAAAUCCCUGUACCAAUACUUAAUUCAAGCAAUCCCUCAGAUUACUGUGCAUUAAAGGUUCCGCAUGUCACUCAACUCAAACUACUGUAACUCCUCCGUAACCUUAUAACAAAUAGUGAUGCAUGUUAUUUAAUUUCUAGUUUCAAUGAUUACACACACACACCAAGGUUGCAUCUCAAAAUGGCACCCUAUUCCCCUACAUAGUGCCAUGUAUAGGGAAUAGGGUGCCAUUUGGGACACAACAUUAGUUUCUGGUACAGAUACUGAGGAGAUGUUGCUUUAUAAUCUCUAUAUCUAGGGAUUCAGGGAACAAUAAAUGACCACUAUACACUAACUGCUCUGGCCACCAGAUUGCCUAAA